GCUCAUUUCUUGGGUGAUCUCAAUUCCUUCGCUGAUUCGCAAUUAUCCGACUCCCCCUAUGGCUCCACAUACUUCAAGAAGCCCAUGAAUCGAUUGUCCGAUGGCCGCCUUCUCGUCGACUUCUUAGCCGAGACUUUCUCUCUGCCUUACCUGCCGCCAUAUCAGAACCAUUCAGCCAACUUCUCGCAGGGAGUGAACUUUGCGAUAGCAGGAUCAACAGUUCUUCCAAAGGAUUACUUCGUGAGAAACAAAGUUGGUCACACGUUAAUGUGGAAGGCUGUACCGGAAAGCUUACAGACCCAAGUGGAGUGGUACAUCAACUUCUUCGAGGAGCAGCAGCAAUCCGAGUGCAACCGAAAGGAGGAAAGAUCGUGCAUGGCGGAGUUGGAGGAUGUGCUUUUCUGGAUUGGUGACAUGGGUGUGAAUGACUACGCUCGUAAUUUCGGGACCUCAGUCUCGGUUCACUCACUCGCACAGAGAAUAGUCCAAAACGUGAUGAAGCUCUUGAAGACGUUGUUAGACAGAGGGGCCAAAUACAUUGUGAUUCAAGGGCUACCUCCAACAGGCUGCUUGCCAUUAGACUUGUUUCUGUCUCCGGCGUCUGAUCGGGACGAGACCGGCUGCGCUGCCGGUGCAAACUUAGUCGUGGCUGCCCACAAUGAUCUCCUUCAGAGGAAGCUGGUAGACCUUGAGAAACAGUACCCGCACUGUGCAAUUAUAUACGCAGAUUACUGGAAUGCAUUCCUUACCAUCUUGAAAAACCCGGCUCAAUUCGGCUUCUCGGAGCCCUUCAAGACCUGCUGUGGGACCGGCGCCGGAAUUCUCAACUUCGACCUCCAUUCUCUGUGUGGCUCUCCGGGAGCGUCUAGGUGUACAGAUCCUACCAAGCACAUCAACUGGGAUGGGGUCCACCCCACAGAGGCAAUGAAUCAGAAGUUGGCUAAUCUCUUGUUCGAUCAGGGCUUCUGUCGACCGUCCUUUGGUCAAUUGAUUAGGUAUAAAAAAUGUACAUAAUAA